UAUAUCUAUCACUGUAGUAAGAUAGCUUCUGGGCAUUGAUUUUCCUUUUCGCUUGUUCAUCGCCUUCCGUCUUCAAAUGAUGCUGCUGACCUCUGUUUAUAGCAGUUAGCCUACGUUAGCUUACUGCUGCUAACUAGCUUACAGCUCUUUAAGCUAAUUUCUCCUCCAGCUGUAUUUGGGUUCUGCGCAAUGGAAGACGAAGCCUUCACUAAUAUUAGUGGCAAACCAAUUACUCUGGAYUGUCAGAGUCACUCCAGCUUUUGCAGGGAGUUCACUGUUAGCUCCCCCAAAGUGUCCAUUGGGAAGGUUAUGGUCUACACCUGCUCUGUGUGGCUUAUAGCUUAUGCAGUGUUCUUCUUUACACAGAACACAGCAGUUCUCUCCAGCGCCAUCCUCAUCACCCUGGUUGGCAUGAUGCUUCACAUCCACUUUGUGAAGGUGGACCACGAGUCCCUGCUCGUCAUAGGCUCGUUGGGCAUCCAGGUGUCUUCCAUUUAUGCCUCAGGCCGCGAGGUCACCACCUUUAUUGAGAUGAGCAAGAUCAAAGAUAUCGUCAUAAAUGAAGCUAUUUAUAUGCAUCAGAUCAUCUACUACCUGUGUGUGCUGAUGAAGGACCAGUCAGAACCUAAUGGAGUGUCAGGUGUGGUGCCAUUGUUUCAGAGCUCAAAGCCAAGGCUCAACUGCUUGGUGAAAGUUUACAAAAGCUGCCAGGAGAUWCUUUUGAAGUGCCAGUGACCCACAAGUUAACCAGCAACAGUCCUGAACGGCGUGUUGUAAAUAUUUUUAAGUCAUUUUUGAAAUGCUUGAAGGCAAAACGGUUUUCUCUCAUUCCAUCUGAAUUUAAUGUAUUUUUGUAACUAUUUUUAUUUCAUUUUACACUUUAUGGAAUAUGUAGCUGAAAUGAAUGUAAUCUUUUGCCAUAUUUUUUUCAAAAAGUGUCAUGUGUUUCACUUUUUCCUCUGGUUACUUCAAGUCAGUUUUAUAAAUUUGUUACUACUAAAAUAAGCUGUCACUGGAAUUGGAAUAAACUUUUUUUUAAUGUAUGUGUUAGAUUAGACCAGCUAAGCCAAUUUCUUUGUAAUCAGUAAUAUUUUGUAUAUUUCUAAUAUAAAAAUAAUUUAGAGAAACUUGACCUCAGUGCUUCUCUGCCUGUGCUUUUGUCUGGUGGCAUCACUAGAGUAUUUUUUUUGUCACUAGGGGGCAGCACUACACUUUGAAAAGGAAACUUGCCACUAAUAUGAAUUCAUUCUUACAGGCAUUGCUAUAUUUCAAGAAGACGAGGCAUUUUUUAUUUWUUWUUUUUUUGUCUGUGUUUGUCUGAAAAACAGCUUGUAAACCUGUGGUCAGAUUUUAAUGAAACUCAAAGUAAUCACUGGAUCUACAUCUACAUCAUCAUUUUGGACUAAAACAUCUUUAGCUCRGUCUCAUCUCAGCAUAUAUAAUUUUAGUUUAAACCUCUGGCAUAUUUCUAGCCUUGAAUUAAAUUUUUUUUUUACUU